UUUUACUUCUUCAAGUCUUUAUGUUCUUGUACAUGUGGAGGACCUACUUCCUGCAGUCACAUGUAUCGUAAACUAUGGCGUUAGGAUUACAAAGCAAUACAUUUAUGAUGUUAUAAACCUUUAGAAAUAUGUCAGUUGAGAACUCGAAGCCCUUAAAGGGGGAAAUAGAAACGAUCCCAGUUUACUGUACCAAGGUACCAAGGUUCAUGUUCAUCUAAAAAAUAUCGGCAACACUUGAAAUAGAAUCCUGAACUAGAAGCUGUGAGAUAAAAACAGACCAUGGAAAAAGUGUUUCUUGAAAAAAGACUUAAGAGUUUGCAGACGUGACUUCAAAGUCUACUGGAUUAAAAGGAACAAGUUGAUUGAGCACUAAGUGGGAGCUAACUCUUGGAAAUAUUUCUGACCAUGGCGUUUAAAACUUGGCUACGGAGUUUCUGGCAGUCCCACACCUUCUGGUUGUCUCUCUUGGUGCCACUUCUAGCUUCUCCGCUGCCUCUUAUGUUUCCCGGACCGAUCGCAAAAUGCGGGUACUGCGUCAUCGUCAUUGGAGUUUUCUGGGUCACGGAAAUCAUUCCUCUAGCCAUGACGUCACUACUGCCCGUAUUCAUGUUUCCGGUAUUUGGCUUGAUGCCAGCCAAAGAAGUCUGCAUGACCUAUGUCCAGGACACUCUGAUGCUGUUUUUGGCCAGCUUGAUUGUUGCUGUUGCUGUGGAGAAGUGGAACCUUCACAAACGUCUUGCUUUGAGGACACUGACUCUCGUGGGACCACAACCAAAAUGGCUGUUACUUGGUGUGAUGGUGCCGACGUGGUUCCUGUCAAUGUGGAUGUCCAACACUGCCACUACUGCCAUGAUGGUGCCUAUUGUUUCUGCUAUACUAAUUCAAAUAAGAGAAUGUCAAAAUCUUGACAGCCUGGAAGAGCCUUUGAUUAAUGACGGCAAUGACGUCAUCAUCAAGAUGGAUCAGAAAGGGAAAGAAGUUAAUGAAAACAUCAAAUCCAGCUCAAGUCGUGAGGCCAAAGAGAAACAAUUUCUAGCCUUUGCCAAGACAUUUUCAUUAUCUACAGCAUUUAGCGCCAACAUUGGAGGUGUGGCCACAUUAACAGGAACUCCACCAAAUGUUAUAUUUAAAGGUCUGGCAGACGUACUCUACAAAAAGUAUGAGGUCAAAAAUCCUGUCGACUUCGCUAAUUGGUUGGGUAUUGGAAUGCCGCUUGCUGUUAUACUAAUUAUUUUUCUUUGGCUGUGGAUGCAGAUGUAUUCUGAGGGACUGAAGUGUCUUAUGUUCUGGAAGAAAGACAAUACUUCUUACGAGAAAGUUCGAGUCUCUUUACAACAAGAGUAUAAGAAGAUGGGAUCAAUGAGUUUUGCAGAGAUUUCAGUGACUGUAUUAUUUGUUAUCUUGGCGCUCUUAUGGAUUACUCGUAGUCCAGGUUUUAUAAAAGGCUGGUCUGUCCUGUUUCUACCUGAUUAUGUCCGAGAUUCCACGCCAGCUAUUUUGAUCUCUAUUCUCCUGUUUAUACUUCCUGCUCACCUGCCAGAUUGGAUGAUGUGUUGCAAGUCAAAGUCAAAAGUUGUAGCUAACGCUCUGUCACCUCCACCCAAGUAUGAGCCACUACUGGACUGGGCAACGGUCAACAAAAAGAUGGCCUGGGGAGUUCUCUUGUUGAUGGGAGGCGGGUUCGCAGUGGCUGAAGGCUGUGAAAAAUCCGGACUCUCUGGAUGGGUGUCCACUCAUUUAGAAGGUCUGUCCUCACUGCCUACAUGGUUGACGUGUACUAUACUGACCCUGCUUGUAGCCAUCACUACAGAGUUCACCAGUAACGCAGCCACAACUACACUGUUUGUCCCUAUAGUGGGGGACCUGGCACUGAAACUUGGAGUCAAUCCACUGUACUUCAUGAUUCCAUGCACUUUAUCUGCAUCUCUAGCAUUCCUGCUACCUGUAGCCACACCUUCCAAUGCCAUUGUUUUUGCUACCGGGUACCUCAAAGUCAAAGACAUGGUGAUAGCUGGUCUUCCAAUUCAAAUCUUCUCCAUUGUUAUAUUGACCAUUGCUUGCAACUCCUGGGUUGCGUCCCUGUUUAGCCUCUACCAUAUACCUCCAGAGUUCUCUUCCUUGCUGGUGAACAACUCAGUGCCCCACAACAGUUCCAGGGGAGUGUCAUCACUUCUCAGUGUGGCACUGACCAAUGUCACAGUAGGGUACAACCUGACACAUUAGUAGACUUUGUUUUGAUCUUGUUAUUACAUUUCCUCAUAGUGCACAGGCACAUAGAAAAUAUUUUAUUUCUAGUUCUUGCAUGACUUGAGAAUUGUUUUAGAUUGUAAGUCAGAGCAGCACUAAGAAUUGUAGACCAUUUACCUUGUGUUGAAUAGAAAACUAUACAGGACCACCGAUAGUCAGUAUUAUUAUUUAGAAUGAAAGAAUAUAUAAUGUAUUCCGUUAAAGAUGAAUGUCUUUUAACAUUAUUUUAUAAUAGUUAACAAAAGAUAAAAUGUCUUUAAAACUGUAAUACGAAAUUGUGGAAUUUUGGCCAUUAAUACAAAUGAGUUAUUGGUGUGACGGUGUCAAUCAAAAAGUUUUUUUAAAUAAGUCUGAGAACUGUUGAACCAAGAAGCAACUUUUAAAUUAUAACGAAAUGUUUUGUUUGUAAUGUUAGAGAGAUAUGUUUGUAUUGAUUCAUACUUAGUAUUGUUAUUAAAUCAUUAAAAGAGUUGAAGCCAGAGAUUAUGUAGUCUCUAGACUAGUCUUCAUAGUAAAAUCCGAGUGUUCUGAGGGUGUUAAAUAGGGCUGCUGCCUCGGGUCCCGCUUUUGAUAUAGAACAGUUCUUUAGUUCUGUUGCAGCCGUCAAGUUUGUCAGCUGAGAUAAUGUUUUGUUUUAACUGGGAAAAUGCUGAUAGAUGUUUUCUUCCUCUUGAAUAUCCAAUAUUAUUUCCCUUGUCAUUGUCUUCUGUACUGUGGUCGCUUCUAUGAAUCUGUCAAGAACUUUGUUUAGUCAUUAUCAUGUUUCUUUUGUUUUCAUUUGAUUAUUUUGAGUCUGUUAUUUGUAUACUGUUUGCAAUGACUGCCUUUGUAGCGCUUGUGCUUUAGGGCAAAACAAAAAAAUUGUAAAGAUGUUGAAGGCUUUAGUCCCAGGUGUUUCAUUCUUAGUAUAAUACAUUUUUUUACCAAGGAAACCUCAGAAUUUGCGCUAUUCAAUUUUAGCUUUAUCAUCAUAGGAAUCCUUGGGCCUUAGGCCUCUUUUCUUUGCCUCUUUUUUGGGCUUUAUGUGCCUCUUUUAUGGGCCAUCUUGCCUCUUUUGUGGGCUUUCUUUUAUUUUUUUUUUUAUAGAUUUUUAUUUUUACCAUACUUUAUUGCUUAAGGACAAUAACUUUUGUUUGAUAUGUGGAAUUACCGAAUUUCUCUAAUUAUUGACGAAAUUUUAUGUUUUAAUUUUAGUUAUACUGAUGAUAAAAUGAAUAGGUGGUUGUGUAACGCUCUAGCAGCCAAGACUAAAUUAAUGAAGCAAAGUUACAGCGUUCAUUAAAUUUUACUGUUAACCAACACAUCAGCAUUGACCAUUCUACAUAACUUACCACGUGACAUGACGAGGUUAGCGGAGCAAGGAUAGCAUCAAGUCUUGAAUGAAAGUAGUCCUAGUGAGAACCUCGGUACAGUAACCAUGCGCCCUACUGUAGCACUAUUUUCUCUUGAUUGUUCUAUGUCCCAUAAUUUGAACUAAUUCCAUAACGAACUAGUGAAACGAAAUUAAUGACCCCGCAUUAUGGUUAGUGUUGUGUAGAUAUGUAGGGGAAGUUUUAUAACAUUCCAAACAUAACAUUUUCUUCUUCAUCUUCUGAGAGGCCUGGUGCAUAAACAAUGUACGAAAAACAAAUGAUGUUUAGAAUUAGGUCAGAAAGUUUUUAUCACAUUGAAUGAGAUCUUAGGAGUUCAGACUUUGAGAUUGACUUUGUCAAAAAAUUUACCUUUUUAAAAUAUUGUCAUUUUUUUAAAUUGCUCGUCAACGAGACAAAGAUUUUGAGCUCCUCUUUGUAUACUGUUACCAAUAUAGAAUAGAUAGAAAUGGCAUUCGAAAAAUAUUUUUUUUGUAUUUUUAAUAUUUGUAAUAAUCCAUUUCACUAGCAUUCCAAAUUGUUGUUUUUACUUAUGUAAAUAUGUAUCUGUUUUUUUUUUGUGUGUGAAGUGUACCGUGAUUAAUGUAUACAAUAUGUAUAAACUCUAAAAUGAUGUUUUAUUUUUUAAUAAUUCUCUCCACCCACGAGAUGAUGUUCAUUUAAAACACCAUUACUUUGCAGUCUUUAAUCUUCAAAUCAACAAAACAUUUAUUUCACAUUAAGAUCAAAACAUUUUUUUAUUGUUUUUGUUCUUUUUCUUAAAUUCAUGACAGGAGAUUUGUAAGUAAAAAAAUAAUUAAUUUAAUUAAUCUUUCCUGCCAUCCCCAAACUUGGCGAUGUAUAGGCGAUACUAGCAUAUCAUCUAGGCAUUCAAACUUGUGAGAGUAUGUUUUAAAUGUAUGUUUCAAAUCACAUAAUUUAAAUGGUUUGAUAUUUUCUUUGAUCCGAUGAAACUGUAUUUUGUAGACUUACAUUUAGAAAUGACGCUUGAAUUCUGCUUGUUAGUGUUUCUCAAACAUGAGCUACCAAUGUAAAUAGUGUACAGUACUGUUUAUGACAUGAAGCAACUCAAAUUAAAAUAUUUGUCUAACUGUA